GUUGCAAGGACCAAGCAAUUCCGGUCCACCGAGAAAACCGCGUGAUUUUAUCCCAGAAGCAUGUUUGGCUACGUUUCGGAAGCUUUUUCUCAAAGGUAACUUUUGUUAAGCUUGGCCAGCUCUAUUGCAACAACCCAGAGAAUCUAACAAAAUUAAGACUAUUCAGAGGGCUUAUCACGACAGAGUAUAGAUGGCCAGAAUGCGGACUUUUUAUCGGGUGUAAAGUUUAGCAGUUGAUAAACAAAUGAUUAGAAGUUGAGGAAUUUUUCAUUUGUCUGUAUUAAACAUGGCAAGCAAUGUAGUAGAUGCCUCCCCCAGUGUGCCUUCCAACAUUCUUCUUGUUACUGCAAAAUUCAUAUUUGAAACAGUAGAUUCUGCCAGACGAGCUGUCGUUCAGAAGGAGAAUUUCGAAAAAUUCUCAUCCCACUUGGAAAGGACUGCUUUUUUCCUUAAAGAACUCUCCAUGUUUGAACUAAAUGAUUUUGAGAGAUUACAUGGUGUCAUUGAGGAUCUUAAUCUGGAGAUAAAAGUCGCCAAGCAACUAGCGUCUGAAUGCAGAAACCGGAACAAAAUUUAUCUCUUCUUAAAUAGCCAGAAAAUCAUAGAUGAAAUAGAGAAAAGCACAAAGAAUAUAAGUAGGCUCAUGAGCCUCUUUACUCCAGAAUCUUUGAACGUUUCAUCAGAAAUAACUGAACAGUUAAGGACACUUUGCAAGAACAUGUUAGAUGCUGAAUACCAACCAGCUGCCAUAGAGGAAGAAAUUUUGCAGAAGAUUGAAAGAGGAAUAGAAGAGAGAAACGUUGAUCGAUCUUACUCGAAUAAUUUGCUCAUUUGUAUUGCUGACUCUGUUGGAAUCUCAAGUGAGCACUCUGAAAUUAAGGCAGAAUUUGAAAAUUUUAAGAAUGAAAUGGAGAACAAUGAGUUAAGGUCCGAUUGGACAGAGGAUUUACGGAUGGAACAGAUCAUACUAUUGCUUGGUAAGGCAGAUAUGGUUAUGACUCCUAAAGAAAAAGAGACGAAGUACUUUAACAAACGUAAUUCCUUGGGUCGGCAGCUGUUGGAACCUCUUCAAUCAUUUUAUUGUCCAAUAACCGGGGAUGUCAUGGAGGAUCCAGUUGAGACUUCCUCUGGCCAUUCUUUUGAGCGAACAGCAAUUCAGAAGUGGUUAGAAGACGGACAUGACCUCUGCCCGCUAACUAAGACUCCCUUGAACAAAUUGUCGCUGCGGCCCAACAGAACUCUUCACCAAUCCAUUGAAGAGUGGAGAAAUCGAAACACCAUGAUUAGCAUUGCUUCCAUGAAACCCGAAAUCCAGUCGAGCAAUGAGGAAGAAGUACUUCAAUGUUUGGAGAAGCUGCAUGACUUUUGCAUAGGAAGUGAGUUGCACCGAGAAUGGAUGGUAAUGGAGGAUUAUAUACCAAUUAUCACAGGUCUUCUCUGUACAAAAAGUCACGAAAUAAGACUUCUUGCUUUAACUAUCCUUUACUGCCUUGCAAAGGAUGCUGAUGAUAACAAGGAAAGAAUUGCAAAAGUAGAUGAUGGGAUCAAAUAUAUUGUUCGGUCACUUGCACGUAAAAUUGAAGAAAGCACGAUGGCACUUAAAUUGCUUUUAGAAUUAUCAAGAAGCAGUGAGGUUAUGAACUUCAUCGGGAAUGUUCAGGGCUGCAUACUUCUACUUGUAACUUUGGUGAAUAGCGAUGACACACAAGCAGCAAAAUAUGCUCAGGAGGUUUUGGAUAAUCUUGCAUUCCUAGAUCAGAAUGUUAUACAAAUGGCGAACGCAAAAUAUUUUGGACCUCUAUUGCAGCGUCUUUGUGAAGGACCCAUAAGCACACAGAUGAUCAUGGCAGAAACCUUGGCCGAUAUGGAGCUGACAGAUCACAACAAGAUCGAUCUCUUUAGAAAUGGGGCACUGAAGCCACUCCUUCAAAUGCUCGUCCUUGAUGCUGAAGAGUACAAGGCAGUAGCAGUUAAAGCUCUUGAGAACCUCUCAAGUGUAGCACAAAAUGGUUUGCAGAUUAUCAGAGAAGGGGCUACACAGCCACUGUUUGAACUUCUCUUUUGUCAUACCUUAACGUUACCAAAAUUGCGUGAACGGGUAGCAAUAAUUUUCAUGCAUCUAUCUAUAUCAACCACUGUCCAAGAGGCUUCUGAGGAUCAGGUUUUGCUUUUGGAAACUGAGGAGGAUGUUUUCAAACUAUUUUCGCUUAUUUCAUUGUCUGGACCUAAUAUGCAACAAACGCUCCUCAGCACCUUCCUUGAAAUAUGCAAAUCCCCUUCCGGUUUUAAUAUCAGGACUACCUUGAGACAGAUCUCUGCCGUUAAAGUAUUGGUCCAGUUAUGCGAACUUGAUGACCAUGUUGUGAGGGUAAGUGCAGUGAAAUUGUUCCAUUAUCUUACAGAAGAUGGGGAUCACAGCACCUUCUCAGAGCACGUGAACACGAGAUGUAUUGAGACAUUGGUAAAAAUUGUUAGAACUUCCCAUGAUGAGGACGAGAUUGUUGCAGCCAUGGGCAUAAUCUCAAAUCUUCCUCGAGAUUUUCAGAUGUCUCAGCAGCUUUUAGACCUUGGUGCACUUGAAAUCAUCUUUGAUUGCCUCACUUAUAGAAAUACUCAUGCUUCAUAUAAAAAAGAAGUCACUGAGAAUGCUGCUCGAGCCCUUUCCCGGUUCACCGUCUCGACAAAUCCCGAUUGGCAGAAGAGAGUAGCUGGAGGAGGCACUAUUCCAGUUCUGGUGAGUUUAUUGGCCUCUGGAACUUCAUUGACUAAGCAAAAUGUAGCCGUUUCGCUUAAGCAGUUUUCAGAAAGUUCUAGCAACUUAAGCAAGCCAGUGAAAAACACUGGGACAUUCAGUUGUUGCUUUAAGCCUCCAGAAUCUAGCUGCCCCAUACACCGCGGUAUCUGUACUGUUGAGUCGUCAUUUUGUCUUCUGGAGGCUAAUGCUGUUAAACCCCUUGUGAUGGUUCUUGGGGAGCCAGAUUCUGGUCCCUGUGAAGCUUCAUUGGAUGCAAUUUUAACCUUAAUUGAUGGUGAAAAACUUCAGAAUGGUGUUAAAGUUGUUGAGGAGGCCAAUGGUUUGGUUCCCAUUAUUAAGCUGUUGAAUUCACCCUGCACUAGAUUACAGGAAAAAUCUCUGGAGGUUUUACAGAGAAUUUUUAGAAUUUUUGAAUUUAAACAAAAAUAUGGGAAUUCUGCUAAGAUGUCAUUAGUGGACAUCACUCAAAGAGGAUCAAGUAAUGCAAAAUCUUUGGCUGCCAAAAUUCUCUCUCAGUUGAAUGUACUUCAUGAACAGUCUUCAUUUUUUUGAUUGUGAUAUUGAAAUGAAGGUACAUAUUUAAUUAUUUACAUGAACAUCAAGAACAAAUUUAGAGCAAAUGUAAUUGUCCCUUUAUUAGUUGCAUUGUCUGUUGGAAAAUUGAUACUGUAUUUUAUACA